AUGUCGACUCUCCUCAGGACGCUGCGGAAUCUCCGCAAGAUUGGAUUUAAGGAAUAUGGCCACCAACUUCAGGUACUUCCCCGCGAUACCAAAGCCGGAACGAUGAUCGGCAUUGACAAGUACGGCAACAAGUACUACGAGAACUUGGCAGAGGAGCUCCCAUUGAGAACACGAUGGGUGGACUACAAAGACCAUGAAUACGAUCCCUCGCAAAUCGAGCCUGGAUGGCACGCGUGGAUGUCCUAUACGGUCGACAAAGCACCUUCUCAUGACCCAAUUCUUGGAAGGGAAGUACGGGUUUGGGAACCCAAGGAGCACCGACCUACUCUGACUUGGAGCCGAUCUGGAUACAAGCCGUACUCGACGGUCAAAAGCAAGACCACGGCAUGGACGCCUGUGACAAAGGCCCGACAGUAG